AAUCCAAUAUUCAUUUGUUGCUCAUUGAUUCAUUAGCAUAAAGCCUUGCCUUUUGAUCAAUAUAAAUAUUUAUACUAAGUAUGAUAAUGUUACUACUAUUCACGUAUUCUGUAUUCCUUCAAUUCUUCAUGUUUAGCAGCUAGCUAGUACCGUACAGGUAACAGGUGGUGUAAAUUAACCAAUGCAACUAGGAUAUCGAUCAUGGCAACUAAACCAGUUUCAUUCCUAUCUUUUUUCUUUGUUUACUUCCUUCUUUCUCAAGGAAGCUGGAGAAAAACAGAAGCAGCAAGAAUUUUCACCAUAAGAAACGAUUGCAAAGAGACAAUAUGGCCAGCUGUAACACCUGGCGAAUCCUUUGAAGGAGGAGGCUUCACCUUAAAACAAGGCCAAUCAAUGGUAUUCAAUGCUCCAGUAGGAUGGUCAGGCAGAAUCUGGGCUCGAACAGGUUGCAACUUCGACUCAAACGGCAACGGAACCUGCCUCACUGGCUCAUGUGGCACCACCCUUAAAUGCAAAGCCGCUGGGAAACCACCAGCAACCUUAGCAGAAUUCACCCUAGCCAAAGUAGACUUCUAUGACGUAAGCCUAGUAGACGGGUUCAACAUCCCAAUGGCAGUGAAACCUCUAAAUGGUGUAGGGAAUUGUACAAUAGCUGGUUGUGAUCAAGACCUAAGGGAGAACUGCCCCAAGGAGCUUUCCGUUAAGUCGUCCCACGGGAAGACAGUCGCAUGCCGGAGUGCAUGCGACGUGUUUAACACAGAUGGGUAUUGUUGUAGAGGAGUGUAUGGGAAUCCAGUGACUUGUCAUCCAAAUUAUUACUCAAAGUUAUUCAACAAGGCAUGUCCAACUUCUUAUAGUUAUGCUUAUGAUGAUCCUACCAGUAUUUUUACUUGUUCUGGAACUGAUUAUGUCAUCACUUUCUGUUCUUCCAGGUCUCAGCCGGUGUGCACGUACCAUAACAACAAACUAAUUUGCAGCAGCAACAGCGGAUCCACGAGACUCAAAUCAUUGCUCAAUAUAUGCUGCUCGUCUCUUGCGCUUGCUAUAGUAUUCCUAUUAACUUCGUGGAAUAACUUGUAAAAUUUCAGCGUUUCAUUUUGUAUAUAACUAGCCUUUUUUUUUGUGAUGUACAUUAGAGAGAUAAAGAGGCAUCACUUCAUAUACGAAGUAUGUAGAUGUAUAUGUAUAUGUAAACAUCAAAUAUCAGUGUAUGAAUAAAAUAUGAACCAUGCUGACUGCUCUCAAGUUAAGUUGGUGUUGCUGA